CGAGGUAAGUCCUCGCGGAUCGGAAAGGAAGGAGGGACUCGAGGUGAGUCCUCGGGUAACGUGUCGCCUCCAAAAACUCCCUGUAUGUUUGAUUGAGAAUAGCCCGUGCCGCUCUGACUUGCUUCCGACGUUCCCGCCUUAUCGAUUGUCGAGAUCGGUUAAGUCAAAGAUAGUUGUUCACUGAAGUGACAACAGUAUAUUAAAUGAAGGAAGCGAACAAAAUAAAACGAUUUUGAGUGAAUGACUUACUACUGGCUGUGCGUGAUCUGAACUCUUAGGCCGAAGGCAGAGAGCGAGACGUAGGUGUCGCAGUCGUAGUCGUAGGGUAAGGCAGAGAAAAACGUAGAGUCGUACAUGUUGAGUGACGUAGAGUAUACUAGUGGUGAAGAAAGUGCAACGGCAGAGAAAAUUUCUUGGAAUAUCUUUGAGUGCUACAAAAAAUAAAAAGAUGUCAGAUCAUUUUGAUUAUUGUAAAACUAUUGCGGAUGUAUCUGACGAAAGCAGUAUAAUUGACUGUGAUAAUGAUUGUGAUCCUACAUGUAUUACUAUUAAAGAAAAGACUGGUGAUGAGCUUCUCAUUGAAUUAUAUAGAGAACGCCCAUUUUUAUAUGAUAAAAGUAACAUUAAUUUUAAGGAUUGUAUAAUGAAACAAAAUGCUUGGAUUGAAAUAUCUAAAAUAAUGAUCCAAACUUGUGGUGACAUGUAUACUCCUUCGUAUUGUCAAAAAAGAUGUAUUUUAAUGAGAGAUCAAUAUAAUAGAGACAAAAGGAAGACUGAAACUGAAUCUAAAAGUGGAAGUGCUGCUACUAAAUCUACUCAAUUUCCUUUCUUUUCUCAGUUAGCAUUUUUAGACAAUGUAAUCAAAAGACGAAAAAGCUACACUAAUUGCACAAAAUCUCAACCGAGUGUAAUUGAUGAAGAUAAUAGUACCGAGUCAGAAAAUGUUGCAAGUGGAUCAAAUAAGGAAAAUGAAAGUGUUAACGAGCAGCACAUUUAUAAUAUUAAAUAUGACAAAAACAAUUAUGCACCAAAGAUGAAAAAACGAAAGAUUGACGAAACAAAAGAAUUAGAACAAACAUUAAUGCAAAUGAGUCAUAGAAUAUCAAAUUAUAUGGAAAAUCAAGUUUCAACAGCAGGUAAUGCUUUCAUAGAAUUUAUAAAAGUGCUAUUUAACAAUAUUCCAGAAAAAGAGAAAAAUAUCAAAAAAAAAAAGAUUAUGGAUAUCCUGACUGCGCCAUUACCAGAAAAGUGAUAUUUUAUUUAAAAAAUGGAAAAUUUUGCGUUUUUUGUAGUACAAUAUAAAUAUAAGUACAUUGCAUUUUUCUAUAAUAAGUUUUUUCAAGAUUUUAUUAAUUACUUUGU